UAUUAUUAAAAACAAAAAAAAAUAAAAAUAAAAAAAUUCACAAAGCUCUUAACUUCACUAGUGUUUCAAUGGCGGUUCGUAGCUCCGUUCAUCACAUUAUCACCACUUAGUAGUAAUUUAUGAGUUCGUCUCUCUUCCUCUCUAUUUCUUUAUUCAGCAAGCAAACCUGAUUCAGUUCUCGAGAAGAAGAAACACUGAGCGCGCAAGAGUCGACAAUAAAGUUCAGAUCUGGAAAAAAAAAAGCGAGCUCCAGAUUUUAAAGAAACAGCUCGUUUUUAAUGGAAGCUUGGAGCUUUUUUUCAUCUCUAUGGAUUCUGUCUCUGUGUUUGUUUAUUAUCUAUGGAGGAGCAAACGCAGAUCCAUUAGAAGACAAACGCGCAUUACUCGAGUUUCUUACCAUUAUGCGUCCCACACGCUCACUUAACUGGAACGAGACAUCACAAGUCUGCAACAUCUGGACCGGAGUUACUUGCAAUAAAGACAGAUCUCGGAUCAUAGCUGUUAGACUACCAGGGGUUGGACUCAAUGGUCAGAUUCCUUCCAACACUAUAAGCAGACUCUCUUCUCUCAGAGUCCUCAGUCUCAGAUCCAAUCGUAUCUCCGGAGAGUUCCCAUCUGAUUUCGUCGAGUUGAAAGACUUGGCCUUUCUUUAUCUACAAGACAACACCUUGUCUGGCUCUCUGCCUUUAGAUUUCUCUGUUUGGAAGAAUCUCUCUAGUGUGAAUCUUUCCAACAACGGGUUUAAUGGAACAAUCCCGAGUUCCUUGUCUCGUCUCAACCGUUUACAGUCGUUGAAUCUUGCUAACAACUCGCUUUCUGGUGAUAUACCUGAUCUUAGUGUGGUCACUACUCUCCAACACGUUGACUUGUCCAACAAUUAUAACCUCAAUGGACCUAUACCUAGUUGGCUUCGAAGAUUCUCGUCUUCUUCUUAUGAAGGCAUCGGUAUUAUACCUCCUGGUGACCUCUCCAUCUUUCAGCCGCCGCCUCCACUUGCCGAGCAGACUCAUCAGAAACAGAAAGAUCACUUCUUGGGACUAUCCGAGACUGUGUUUCUAUUGAUCGUUAUAGCUGCUUCCAUUGUUGUAGUUGCGGCUUUGGCAUUUGUGUUGGCUGUUUGUUACGUGAGAAGGAACUUAAGACGAGGUGAUGGGAUUGUUUCGGAUACUAAGCUGCAGAAGAAUAAGAAGAAAGGAGGGAUGUCUCCUGAGAAAUUCGUUUCGAGGAUGGAAGAUGUGAACAACAGGUUAUCUUUCUUUGAAGGAUGUAAUUACUCGUUUGAUCUUGAGGAUCUGUUGAGAGCUUCUGCGGAGGUUCUUGGUAAAGGCACGUUUGGGACAACGUAUAAAGCUGUUCUUGAAGAUGCUACUUCUGUUGCUGUGAAACGGCUUAAGGAUGUUGCCGCUGGGAAACGAGAUUUCGAGCAGCAGAUGGAGAUUAUUGGAGGUAUUAAGCAUGAGAACGUUGUGGAGCUUAAGGCUUACUAUUAUUCCAAAGACGAGAAGCUGAUGGUUUAUGACUAUUUCAGCCAAGGAAGUGUUGCUUCUUUGCUUCAUGGUAACAGAGGAGAAAACAGGAUUCCACUAGACUGGGAAACAAGAAUGAGAAUUGCGAUUGGUUCAGCUAAAGGGAUUGCUCGUAUCCACAAAGAAAACAAUGGGAAACUCGUCCAUGGGAACAUCAAAUCUUCAAAUAUAUUCUUGAAUUCAGAGCGUAGUGGCUGUGUCUCAGAUCUUGGAUUAACAGCUGUGAUGAGCCCUUUAGCUCCACCUAUCUCUAGACAAGCUGGUUACCGUGCACCAGAAGUAACCGACACAAGAAAGUCUUCUCAGUUGUCAGAUGUCUACAGCUUCGGCGUCGUGCUGCUUGAACUACUUACCGGAAAAUCGCCCAUUCACACAACCGCAGGGGACGAGAUUAUCCACUUGGUUCGAUGGGUACAUUCGGUAGUGAGAGAGGAAUGGACAGCAGAAGUAUUCGACAUCGAGCUUCUGAGGUAUGCAAACAUAGAGGAAGAGAUGGUUGAGAUGUUGCAGAUUGCAAUGUCAUGUGUUGUGAAAGCAGCAGACCAGAGGCCGAAGAUGUCUGAUUUGGUUAGGCUCAUCGAGAACGUUGGAAACCGACGAACCAGCAGCAUUGAACCCGAAUCCAAACCCAAAUCAGAAAAUGAAGCCUCAGAGGCUUCCACCCCAAGUGAAAUUUGAACCUAUCAAAUUCAAAACUGUUGAUUCAUCAAAUCAUAUUUAUCAUGUGAAGUUGUUGUAUACUCCUCUGUUUAUUUCUUCUCUCUUCGGUUUAGAACCGGUUCAUCAAAACACAUUUUCUGUUUAGAGGUAUUCUUGGUUUUCAAAAUUGAGUAUGAAAUAGAUUCAAAUUUCCAA